GAUGUAGGUAGAAUUAGUUGUACCAAACGCGCAUGUGCCAUCCUUCGAGAGCAUCUUUAAAAAAUGGCGGAAGCAAAUCAAUUUAUGGUAUCUGUAGCCAAAAUAGAUGCUGGAAUGGCAAUUCUAAUAACACCCUCAUUUCAUAUUAUAGAGUUCCCGUCGGUUUUGCUACCUGAGAAUGUAAAAGCAGGAUCCAUUGUUGAUAUGUCUGUACGCCAUAAUAGAGAAGAGGAAGCUUCCCGUGAGAAAGAAUUUGAUGAUAUUCAAAAUGAAAUUUAUGAAGCCUAUGGCCAAAACCUUCCUUCGGCACCUGUUUUAAGGGUAAGAAACGUUACCCAAACAAGUAUCGUUUUAGAGUGGGAUGCAUUACAGUUAGGAACUUCAAGACUGAAAAGCCUCUGUCUUUACAAAAACAAUAUCCGUGCUUUAAAGAUUACCAAUUUAUUGAGUACACAACAUGCAAAACUUAGUGGAUUAUCCUUAGACACUGACUACGAUUUCACGCUCGUUCUCGACACUACAGCUGGACGCUUCAGUAGUAAACAUUUACAAGUUAAAACUCUUCGUAUGAUUGAUUUGACGGGUAUACAGGUCUGCGUUGGUAACAUGGUACCUGAGGAAAUGCAAGCUUUGCAGAAAUGUAUCGAAAGAAUUCAUGCCAAGCCCAUCCAAACUAGCGUUCAAAUUGACACAACUCAUUUCAUUUGCUCUUCCGUAGGCGGUCGUGAAUACGAUCGUGCAAAGACUGCCAACAUCCCAGUGCUUGGUGUUGAUUAUCUACUUAAGUGCGAAUCGGAAGGGAGACUUGUUAAUGUUAGCGGGUUCUAUAUUGAAAACCGUUCUGGCGGAUCUUCUGCAAAUAUCAGUCGCCUGAAUGUUGCCAACGUGCAAACUCCUCCCGUUCAAAACACAGAAGCGCAAACUGUCAAUCAGGCCUCUACCACCCAGCCCGCGGAAGAAAACAAGCCUGUUGCUGAACAAUCUAAAGAAGAACCUCCAAAGGAACAGUUUGAGGCUCCUGUAAACGGACAUGCAGAAAAACAACCCAAUGAACAGAAAGAACAGGGUGAAGCGGGAGAAUUACAGGCCAAGAAUGAAACGAGUGCUUCUUCCAAAGAGCCCACUAGCUCGUCGAAUCCCCUAAAUUCCGCAGAGCAGUCUGUCGAUGUAUCAAGUGAUAUCAUUCCUCCUAGCAACACUAAUAAUAAAGCUCAAAAUACAGAGCCAAGCAACUCAAAAGCUGAAAUUGAAGGCAGCGAUAAGGAUGAACUGAAUGAAACUAGUGGUCACGAAUCGGAACAACCUAAGCAAGAAGGUAUUACUCAAAACGAUAUGGAGCCUAUACAAGAAGGAAAUGAAUCAAAUGUUACUACGGAUAAUGAAGUUCAGAGUCAAUCUGCCGACGAGCAUGCAAAUAAUGAUUCGACUGACAAAGAAGAAUUGGCAGAACCUUCUCCUAAAGUCAGUGAAGAGAAGGCUACUGAAGAGAACGUCAAUAAUAAGACACAGCUAAAGGAUGAAGUUAAGCCGAGUGAUGCUGAAGAAGUUGAUGAACCCAAAAGUGUGAAUGAUGCAAAUCAAGAAGACACUGCUGAAAAUAAUGAGAACAGAAGCUCGGACAAGGAAACCGAAGAUGAGAAUCAAGUUAAUGAAGAUGAGAAUCCGUCUACUGAAAAAAAAGAAUCUGCAGAUUUAACUGAACCCGAAGCAAAGGCGGACUCAGACGAUUUUGAAAAUGUAAAUCUUGGUUAACGUUUGCAAUGUUAUAUUUCUUUUUCAUACUACAUUAAUAUGUUCUUAAAUCAUUCUAGGUUUAACAUUCUACGAGUAUUCUCCAUUUCUCCGAUCUUUUAAUUAAAGGCACGCGUACUCCGUUUUGAAUGGUGAUCGUUUGAUAGCCUCGUAAUCGUCUCGUCCAUGGCAAGACGUCUAUAUAGAUGUUGUUAGUAAUUAAAAUUUAUGUCGACUUAAUUCUUUUUCAUGCGUUCGAAUGGUUACGUUGAUGUUGGUAC